UCUCUAUAGAAAUACUUCUCUAUAUAUAGUUAGCACGCAAUGUUGUGAACAAGAAAAGAAUUAGAGACACGGCUAAGAGAAAAGAAGAAAGGAGAGGAGAGGAGAAUAAAAGGGUUGGAACAAAAGAGAAAAUCUUACUAAAAGUCUACGGUCUGUGUUCAUUCAUUCUCACCAAAAUUAAAGAUUAAGGAAUUUUCCCAUCCGCGUCUACCAUGAGCCGAGUCCACACUGCUUCGACAGCCGCUGGCCGUGAGCACAAGGGGCAUGACAAGCCCGGGAAGCCGCUCGUCCCCAAGGUCGAACCUCGGGUGACCAGGGCACGAGCUGAUGACACUUCGGGGGCCGGCGCCUCCAAGAGGCCGUGUGUUGAGGGUACCUCCUCCAAGGCCAUCAUCGUGGCCGAUGACUCCGAUGGGGAGCCCGGAAGCCCCCUCAAGCGGAAGCCCACUUCCCGGACCAAUCUCCGUGCUUCUCCUCCGAGGAAUUCUGACGUCCGCCAUCUCCGGGAUGAUGAUGCCCCAACCGCCAAAGGUUCUGACGACGUUCGUCCAACUUCGCCUCCAGAAGCCAGUGGGUCUUCUCUUGGCCUGAUUGAGUUUUCCGGGGUUGGCCCCCGCAAAGAGUCAAUGAUGCUCUUCGGCCAGACAGCGUCCUCCAUCUGGUGUGGGCUGAAUCUCAAGGUUCCGCAG